AUGGCUCCCACCAAGACAGAGUCCGAUGACUUCAAGUUCAUCAUGACAUGCAUCAAGCAUUCGGCCGACAAAAUCAAACCCAACUUUGAAGAGGUUGCGAAAGAGAUGGGCGCCAAGAGCGCAAAUGCAUGUUACCAUAGGCACUGGGGUAUUUUGAGGAAAUGGGGCUUGACGGGGAGCAAGAACGGAGUCAAUGGAGCUGCAGGCCCAACCACUCCAGGCAAGAAGCGCAAGGCGACUCCAUCAAAAGCAGACAAGGCAACAAGUGACAUCAGCCACGAUGACGAGAACCCUGCCAAAAAGAGAAAGGGCAUCGGAUUCGCCGGCGGCAGAAAGGGCAUAGUCAAGGAUGAACCGGUCGAUUCCCAAGAGGAUGAGUUGGCUAUCAGCAAGGAGGAAGAAGCAACUAUGAAUGAAGACAUGGGUGAUGAUGGUCAAGCCUUCAAGGUCAAGGCAGAGGAGAACUGA